CUCCCCAGCCCUACCUCCAGGCGGACACCCGGGAGGCGGAGCGGGGCGGGCCGGACGCGCGCGGCACCCGGGAGACGAGCUCGGAGCCCCCGGCAGGCGCCCGCGCCGGAGGCAGGUGCGGCCGCCCACCUUUGGCCUCUAGUUCCAGCCGCAUCGUCAUGCCCCGCGGCGCCGAGGCGCUGGACCUGCCAGUGCGGAACCGAGCCUCGGCCCUGUCUUUGGGGCCCCGCCGCAGAAAUGCAAUGGCUCAUCUUGAUUCUGAGGUGAAAGAAGAAUGCCUGAGGGAAGACCUGAAGUUUUACUUCAUGAACCCUUGUGAAAAAUACCGAGCCAGACAUCAGAUUCCAUGGAAACUGGGUUUGCAGAUUUUGAAAAUAGUCAUGGUCACCACACAGCUUGUUCGUUUUGGUUUAAGCAACCAGCUGGUGGUUGCUUUCAAAGAAGAAAACACUGUUGCUUUUAAGUACUUGUUUUUGAAAGGAUAUUCUGGCAUAGAUGAAGAUAACUACAGUUGCAGUGUAUAUACUCAAGAGGACGCCUAUGAGAGCAUCUUUUAUGUUAUUAAUCAGUAUCAUCGUCUAAAGAAUGUAUCCCUGGGGACCCUAAACUAUGGAGAAGAGGAAGAGAAUAAAAUUGGCUUAAAAGUCUGUAAGCAGUAUUACAAGAAACGGACCGUGUUUCCUGCUAAUGAGACACUGAAUAUUGACAGCAACAUUGAAACAGAUUGUAUGCACUUAGACCUCCAGGCCCUCUCCAGCCCUCAAGACUGGAAAAGCUCACCAUUCUUCAGACUGGAAUUUUACAGGCUCUUACAAGUUGAAAUCUCCUUUCACCUCAGAGGCAUUGAUCUACAGACGAUUCUUUCCCGAGAGCUACCAGACUGUUACAUCUUUCAGAAUACGAUUAUCUUUGACAAUAAAGCUCACAGUGGCAAAAUCAAAAUCUAUCUUGACAGCGAUGCUCACAUUGAAGAAUGUAAAGAGGUGAACAUAUCUGGAUCUGUCCAGAAAAAUACUCAGUAUGUCCUGGUGUUUGAUGCAUUUGUCAUUGUGAUUUGCUUGGCGUCUCUUAUCCUGUGCACAAGAUCCAUUGUACUCGCUCUGAGUUUACGAAAGAGAUUCCUGAAUUUCUUCCUGGAGAAGUACAAGCGACGCGUGUGUGAUGCCGACCAGUGGGAGUUCAUCAACGGAUGGUAUGUCCUGGUGAUUAUCAGCGACCUAAUGACAAUAAUUGGAUCCAUAUUGAAAAUGGAAAUUAAAGUCAAGAAUCUCACAAAUUACGAUCUGUGCAGCAUUUUGCUCGGGACCUCUACUCUCCUUGUCUGGGUUGGAGUUAUCAGAUACCUGGGUUACUUCCAAAAAUAUAAUGUGCUCAUUUUAACAAUGCAAGCCUCACUGCCCAAAGUUCUUCGCUUCUGCGCCUGUGCUGGGAUGAUCUACCUGGGCUACACCUUCUGUGGCUGGAUUGUCUUAGGACCAUAUCAUAACAAGUUUGUGGCCCUGAAUACAGUUUCUGAGUGUCUGUUUUCUCUGAUCAAUGGUGACGACAUGUUUGCAACCUUUGCUCAAAUCCAGCAGAAGAGCAUCAUGGUGUGGCUGUUCAGCCGCCUCUAUUUAUAUUCCUUCAUCAGCCUUUUUAUAUAUAUGAUUCUCAGCCUUUUCAUCGCACUUAUUACAGAUUCUUAUGACACCAUUAAGAAAUACCAACAGAAUGGAUUUCCUGAGACGGAUCUUCAGGAGUUCCUGAAGGGAUGUAGUGGCAGAGAGGAAUAUCAGACAGAGCCCUCAGCCUUCCUGUCCUGCAUCUGCUGUCUGAGGAGAAAAGGAAGUGAUGACCACUUGAUACUUACUAACUAAAAUCCUUCUGCUAAAGAUCAAGUAUCAGGCCCCCUUCUCCAGUGACAAUGCAGAGGAAUCCCACGUGGUUUGGACCAAAAUACUGAUGGUUAAUGUGGAGUGGGAAAGAGGACCGACUGUCAGCUGGCUGACCGCAACUGAAGUUCCAAAGUUCCCUUUUUAUAAACUUGGACGAUGAAGCAUAGACCACAGUCAACUACUGGGCAUUAGUGCAAUAGACCAGCGAUAAUGAAAUUCUCUAUUAGUCUUUUAAUUUAUGACAUGACAAUAUUGGGUUGGGGAAAAAAAAUCACAUUUCAGAGAGGGCAAAACAAUGGUGUUUAGAGCCUCACAUUUAAAGAUGUGUGUUUAUCAUCAAAUAAGAGUUUGUUUUCAAAAUGAUUCUUGGGUUAAAAGCCGUUUGUUAGUUCAUGAGCUGCACAGAGAUGAAGUUGGUGGCAAUACCAAAUUCGAGACUCAAGCUGGAGAACUAUUAGGUCAUUUAAGGAUCACAUUUAAAUCAACAAAAAGACCUAUUCAGUGGACAUUUCUUGGCCUGUUUUCUUGUGGUUUUCUUCAGCAUGAUAUGAAGCAACCAUCGGCAUAGUCAGUGGGAUGAAUAGGAAACAUCUUGUCACUUGUGCUGACUGUUGAUUGUACACACACGGCAUGUGGAGUAAAUUAUAGCAGUGGUCACUCAUUUUAACAAACGGACUCUACUAGGGUGGGGAUUUACCCAUCUCAAGCAAGGAAGAUGGUAUUUUUUACCUAAAUAAAUUUAUUUUUAUCAAAUGUGAA